AUGUCCUCUCUACUUCGUGACUUUCCUCAACGUCAAAUGCGGUUCAUUGAAGUCCGAAACAACCAAGUCUACGAAUCAAUGGUAUUACUCUUUCUCAUCAACAAUCACUACAACAUAUCUCUUCGCUUUCCAAACAAGCGAGCAACAGUCUUUGAACAGUUUAUGACUAUUGAAAAGAUGUGGAAUGACAACGAAGACAUUGAUGUUGGGAGACACAUCAGAGAAAGAUGCAUACAAAGAGUUUCACUUGAUAUUGCAAAUGGAGUCUCUGGGAAGACGGCAGAGAGAAGAAAGAACACUAACGUGUUCAUUGAGACGCUGCAGUUCUUAGUCGACUUAGUUAGAGAGCUUGGGUUCUUUGUUCAAACAGAAGAAUGUGGUGGUAAACGUGGGACGCUCAAGGAAGAGUAUAUCACUGCAAUUUACUGGCAAAACCAAAUCGUUUUUGACAGGAAACUCAUUGAAAAGCUUGGAAAGGAAAUUGUUCAGUUCAUUGGUGAAAACGAUGGAAAGAAAAAACUUAUAGUUUUACCAAAGAACAUGCUAAUACUUGAAAAUAGUAGUAACAAUUGUUAA